AUGCGCGAGAAAAAUCUGAUGUCUUGGAAGGAAGCUAAGCAAGAGGCGAAAAUGCGCGGUGCCAUGGUAUCCCCUGGGUCUGAGGAUUUGUCUCCUGCUCCGGCAGGAUUCGGAGCCAGGCUCGGAGUGGGACUCGGCAACGGGGAUAGCCCGACGGGAGCAAUUGGUGAGCGUCGCUCCGCGCCAUCACAGCAAAUCACCUCAUCCAACCAAGCAGGUCAGGCGGUCGGCCAGUCGAGCUCUGGUCGAAUGUCUGCAGCGCCGAGGGCCACUUUUCCGUCGGCCUCGUCGCUUCAGACCGGCACCGCUGCCUUCACCGCUCCAGGCAGCUUGGGCCCGCGACACAUGAUGCCGUCACCACAACCGGUACGUGGGGCGGGCCAGGCAGAGAUCGGCGCGAAACUAAGGGAGGUGAGAAACUCGGCUCUGCAGUCCUCUAGCAAUGUCGCUAAUUUUUACUGUAACGAAGAUAUUUUGGUAGGACAUCAUGCUACUCAUAAGUAA